UUUUUUUAUAGCUGUUGUCGCCGCUACCGAUGUCGUGAAAAUCGAAUGGAUCGCUGCACGCUUUAACGUUUGGCGAAUGUAACGCGCUCACUAUUCAUACGUCUCAGAGCUUGACACGCUUGCCCCCUGAGCCAGCAUUGUGCCGAGUCAAAAGUCUGCCGUGUGAAGUGGACAUUGAAGACCCCGUGACCUUACCGAACCGGCGGGACGACCGGCAAGGAAACGAUGGUGAGCAUUUUGCCGGCCGUGGCGGAGCAGCUGCUGGCCGAGAUCCACAGGAGCUUUCAAACGAAGGGCAAAGUAUCUGAUGACCUGCUCAGUGGUCUGAGCUUCGUGUUCGGCACCGUCGCUCUGCAAGCCCUGGAUUUGACCGACCGGCGCUACGUCUCGCACAUCACGACACCAAGCGGCCGCACGGCCUACCAGGUGGUGGGAAGCUCGGGGAGAACGUACACAAGUCUGGCACCGUGCCUCACCUGCCCGUGUCCCGCCUUUCUCUACUCCGUUCUCAAGCGCAGCGAGACGUUGCUGUGCAAACACCUGCUCGCCGUGCACCUGAGCCAAGCCAUGGGCCUGUGCGCCGACGUCGCCAUGACGGACCAGGAGCUCUCGCGCAUGCUGCUCAAUAGGCGUGAUUAGAAGAGGACGGCCCCAGGGCAUUGCUGGUGAAUGCUAAGCAUCGAGCCACCCCACGUUCUCCAACCUCCCCCCUCCGCCACCGCCACCACGGCCGUCACGAACACCGCCACAAAAAGGCCACCAUCACCACCACACAACCCCCGUGCGACAAACACCUGACGGCACGGUCGUACCUCGUGGGUCGGAGAGCAGUUGUGUUUACCCUCGUCCUGCGAAAUGCCGUCUGCGUUCGUCAUCGUUAAUUGGCGACCGGUCCCGCAUGAAACGGGACAAAGUAGUGGCAGAGUAGGAGGUGAAAGCUGAACCUCAGUGGCCUACCAUGAACAGCAAAGCCCUCGUUUGAUUUUUUAAAGCUAUUUAAAAACCCGAUGACGCCACGAUGGUAUAAACUUAAAUAUUUUAGUGGCAGCGUACCUUGUAAACAUUUAGAUUAUUUUAUUCCUGUAAUUAUGCAAUAUAACAGCAUUAUGGAAUAUUACAUUUAUACAAAGCUUCCUUGGAAUGCGUACACAUGCAAAGUCUUAGUUAAGCAGCUUUAGACGAAGAAUGCAGCUGCGUCAAUGCGUUUGUAUUUUUUAUUAAACAAUUAUAUUUUGUCGUCAAACAGUACAACUAAUGCAGUGUUCACAGCUGUUGAUACAUAGCCUACGUGACUGUCUGCACUCAAGACUCUUUGCUCGCUAUUAAUUAGCGGCCACCCAUCCAGUGGGAUAGGCGUGAUGACAGGGAUUACAGCCAUCGCCCAGCACUUUCUGAAGCCACAUUAAUGACCGAUGCCUGGUUUGGGACCGUAAAUACACAACCUGUUCCCUGGAGGCCCGGCAAAAGGCCUGCUGUCCUCCAAGCGACCGUGAAAUCGCAGUUUUGCUUGUUUGUGUAAUUGAAUGUGUGCAUCUUUUGUUUUGUUUUACCGAUGUCCUACUUUUAUGGAAAACUUUAAGAUUAGUGUUUCUAGAAUUCAAAGUGUAAGAGGAAGAGUGCAGGUCUUUAGAUCGUGUGAAAAACAACACAAUUCCGCAGUGCGCACCAUCACCAUAAGAUGUACAUGGAUCAGCUUUGAUUCAUUAAGCGGCUUAACCAAAACGAGCCAUCGACUGGGCAUGGUUUUUAAAAACGCAACUAUCAGGUCAACGUCGUUGAUGUGUUUUCCGACGUGUUUACGGGUUGUACCGCGUUUUGUUCGGUAUUGUGUCCGAUGUUUCCCUGCACGUGCUGGCAGCAUCUUUCGGAGAGGUGUAGUGUCAGGACCACGAGAGAUGGCGACUGCUUAGGGAGGUCUUCAUCCAGCGGUGGAUAGAUAACGGAUGAUGAAGAUGAUGAGCUCAGAAGAGGGGGUCACAACGAAGUAAUUUCAAUUCCUGGAGAAGCUGCCAGCACGUGGAGCGAAACGUCAGACAUCGUGUCAAACAGCAUGCAGUACGACCCAAACGUCGGAGAUCUGUACAGCAGAAUUGCAGAAACAUACGCAGUAUCAUUUAUUUGUUAUUGAAAUGUGAAACUACAUUCAAUCAUAUGCCUUGGUUAUAUUUAUGACGGUUGUGUAUUUUUUUUUAGUUGGCCUUGUUUACAUGUACAUCAUCCAUGUUUGUGUUGGUGAUUUUAAUGUUUAUGUGCAUACUUUUGUAAUAAAUGUCAAGCUGGUCCAAUA